GCAGCAUCGGUCCGGGUCCAGCGUUUAUAUGCCAGCAGCUCCAUGGGAGAGGAAAAAAAAAGAAAAAGAAAAGAAAAGAAGAAACCCGUGAGGGGACAGGAAUAACGGGACUCUGUCCGACGUUUAUGGAGCCCAUCCCCGCACACCGCGGCACCGCAUCCGCCUCCCCUCCGGCGGCGGACAUGUGAGCCGGACCGAGGCGCCGAACGCGGACCGGAGCCGAAGACAAGCAGCGGGCCACCAUUGUCUGCGGAGGAAUAAGAAUGGCCUUGAUUUGGAAGAGGAAGUCGCUGAUCGCCACUGCUCUGAUCGUGGUGGUGUCUCUGCUGGUGGUCAUGGUGAACUACUCGGGGAAGCCCUACCUCCUCCUGGAGCCCGUGUUCGGCCAGACGCCGGACAAGGCCUUCAAGCCUCACCAGGGCUACGUCAGCCUGGUCAAAGAGGAGCCGCUGAAGCUGCACUGCGACCUGUGCAGCAUCGUGUCCAGCUCCGGACAGAUGCUGGGCCAGGCCAUCGGCGCCGAGAUCGACAGCUACCCGUGCGUCAUGCGCAUGAACAACGCGCCCACGCUGGGGUUCGAGGAGGACGUGGGCCGCCGGACCACCCUGAGGGUGGUGUCCCACACCAGCGUGCCCCAGCUGGUGCAGAAGUCCGAGCACUUCUUCGGCGAGAACAACGACACCAUCUACGUGGUGUGGGGGCCGCUGCGCAACAUGAGGAAGGACGGCAAGGGCGUGGUCUACAACAUGCUGCUGAAGGUGCUGGAGAAAUACCCCAGCGCGCGCAUCUACAUCCACACGGACGAGCGCAUGAACUACUGCGACAUGGUCUUCAAGAAGGAGACGGGGAAGGACAGGCUGAAGUCUGGCACCUACCUGAGCACCGGCUGGUUCACGCUCAUCCUCGCCAUGGACAUGUGCAAAGAGAUCAAGAUCUACGGCAUGAUAAAUGACACCUACUGCAAGUCCAAGGACUACAGGAAGGUUCCCUACCACUACUACGAGACGGGGCGGCGGGACGAGUGCACGGAGUACCACCUGCACGAGAACGCGCCCCGCGGCGCUCACCGCUUCGUCACGGAGAAGAGCGUCUUCGCCAAGUGGGCCAAGGUCCACCCCAUCAAGUUCCUCAACCCGUCGUGGCAGCUGUCGUGACCCCGGCGGCGGCGCCCUCGGCUCAUGGGCGGCUCCUCUCCGACGCCCGGCGGUCCACCGCAGUCACAUCCACAGCAUAUCUGUUGAAGGUUGUUCAGGGCGGAGCCUGCCCAAUCAGCACGCUCCAUCAGACCAUUUCUUGAAUUUUAAGUAAUCUUCUCCUGAAUUUUAGAGCUGGAGAUGUUUGCGCAGCUCGCCGCUCUGCACUGACUGAUCGAUGCAUCUGCUGCUCUGUGAGUCCAGCGAAGGAAGGGCUCCCACUAAGAGACAGACAGAGAGACUGCCGGCGUCCGUCAAACUGGCAGCGACCUCAGUGACUCGGAUGCCUUCAGGCGUUACACAUUGCAGAGGAGCUUUUUGUUUUUUUUUCCCCCGUGACGGCCGCCGAAGAACAAGCCGUCCGCCGCAGAGACGAGGAGACGAGUCCCGUCGGCCGGGACGCUGCACGAGUCCCGUCCUCUCCGCUCCCCUGCAUCUGCCCCCCGCCGGGCUGUAAUUAAUCUGUAACGAGCGCCGCCGUCCGGGCCGUCAUCUCUGACUGGCGCAGUGUUGAAGGCAGAUGCACGUCGGCUCCGUUUCCUCGGCUCCGGCAGACAAGGUCGCCUGAGAAAAAACCAAACUCUGGAGGCGAACCUGAGCCGAUGGGGGAAUCAGCCGCGGCGGGUCUGGACCGCACAACUCCAAGAUGUCACAUUGUUUAUGUGUGUUUGUUUUAAUGAGGGGAAAUGAAUAUUAAGAGGUGUUCGGUGUUGGCUCGGUGCCAGGGCGGUUUGCUAAUUUAUUCUGCAGUAAUCAGCUCCUAAAGCUCUUUAACGGUGUGCCAUGGCGAGCGUCGCAGCACGUGAGCAGUGUGCGAUUAGAAGCUCCGUCUUUAUGGGAGAACUCUGGUCAUGUGACCCUGCAGAGGCGGGAUUUAUGUGCAGUGAAACCGUUGGACGUUAAUUGUAUUGUAUGAUCAUUUCGUGCCUGCAGUUCAUCGUAUGGACACAGAGGAAGACGCUCCGCUCUCUCUCUCUCUCUCACUCUCUCUCUCUUGCUCAUAUCUUCAUGCACCUUCGUGCCUCUUCGUGUGAAGCGUCAGUGUGUGAGCACGGCCGCCCAUUCGCCUCCGGACGCCACGCGCCCGUCUGCUGGUUUAGGCCGCUGCAUAGCGUGAGGAAUAAAUGGCGGCGUGCUGCGCCGGCGGCUGCGGAGCUCUGGGAGGUUCUGGGAGGUUCUGGGAGGUCCUGGCGGUGACCCUGACCCCCUCGGCCCCGCCUCCAGGCUGUGAUUAGUGUCCUGGUCGGAGCUGUGGCCCAGAGGGGAGGACUGGGAGGAUUCAGACACUUGUAACGCAGGCGAGAGUCCCUGACCACAGUCAUGUAGCUCAGCCGAGCUGCAGAGCGCCGUUUACUCACACACACACACACACGCACGUUUCUCUUUGAGCAGUGAUGGCUGAUUUGCAGGUCAAUAAACAUGGAAACUGGGCUGAAUAUAAACAGAUAAACCAAACUGAUUAAAACACACAAUCUCCAUAACUUGCAGCUUAACUUAAUACAGUUUCUCCAGCGUCUCUCAGAGCGACGAGCUCCGUCCAGCACUCACUCCUUCAUUCUCGACACGCCCCAUACCUCCAAAACGUUUCAUUUGACGAGCAAUUUCAGCUCCAUGGGCCUCUGAAUCUCCCUUUCAAAACUCUCAGAAAUAAAAUCAAGGUUAGGUUAGACGUCACUGGAUCUUCGCGGCUUCUGUGUUCUCCGUGGAGAGCAGGGUCACUGUUGGCCUAAUCCUCAAAACCUUCCGUAUUUCAAAGGCUCGAAGUGAGAUAAAAAGUAUUUCUAUUAAAGCAGAAAAGUGAAAGCUCAUUGGCCUCUCAUAAAAACCAUUUACAGCUGCUAAUGGACUUCUUAAAGAAACAGCAACUGGACACAUCUGGACAGGCUCCAGUCCACCACAGCAUGAACACAGAGAGCUUCAGGCUCACAGAAUAACCUUAAAUAUGUGUUUUUGGACUCUUAAGAGGAGAACCAGUUCUCAGGAGGUGAACCCCCUGUAUUCUUGCGCGCCCCUCCGUAAAUCGUGUCUGCGGCGGCGUUCAGGCUGUGGUUUGGUCUCACUCUGCUGCAUGUUUCAGCUUCCAUUAAGUUCACGUCACACUAAAACAUGACAUACUGUACCUUCAGAGCCAGCAUAAAUCUGAGUGCUGGAGAUAAGCCGGUGACGGAGUUCUCUUCCGGAACAGUCGUUGUUAGACAGAGAGCUGUCGCACCUUGAAAGAACAAGAUUGUCCAAAUAUUUUUUUUCCUCCCACACUUCUCUCCGCGGCUAUUAGUGUUAGAUGAGCACAAUAAAGCCUGAUUGAAUGCCUGAAGGAGACACAGCGACUCGGUGAACCUUGAGUUUAAAAGUUUUGUUUGUUGUCGCUGUGCUCCGUGCCGCUCGUCACACACACACACACACACACACACACACACACACACUGCAAAUGCACUUCCUCCCUUAUAAAACACUUGGAAAGCCUCAUUUAGAGGUAAAACCAAACAGAGCAAUUUGGUUUAUUAGACACUUAUUAGACGCCGUCAAGGAGCAGAUGCAGUGGAGCGCCGUGCUGAAGGGGACGAUGUCCCACAGGGUCGAUGUCCAACAGGGACGCCUGGACCCGUAAUCUCUCCGUCUCCGCUCUCAGUGACCAAGGUUAGUCAGUCAAACAGAACAAAAGCUCCGCAGAUAAACAAUGCACCACGAUCCCGACGCGUUGCGGGGUUUGAUGUGUUUCAGGCUCCUUUUCCAUCUCAGUCUCUUCACGUCUGACUUUGACUUCACACGGCAAUAACACAGGACGUCUAUUUUUUUUACCAAGUCGUUGAGAAUAAUUCCUAAAACCGCAAACAAAGGCAGGAUUUGUCAUUAUCAGAACCAUCUUAUUAAGCAUGUUUAUAAGCUGGAUGUUCGACCAGAAGGUUGAGUCUCUCCUCGCCACUCGCCGCAGGAAGGCUAUUUAUUGAAAAGUGGCGAGCCCUGCAGACCGGAGCCUCUGAUUGGACGUGUUUUGUCCCGGCUGCUGGUGGAGAAGCUUUUACCGCCGUGGAAGGGAGAUAGAUUGUAUUUCCCCACUGAAACAAUAGCUCAGCAGAAGGGGGAACACAUGGAGCAGCCGGGACCGCUCCAGAUCGCACCCCCUCACAAACACUGCUCAAUAUGUCGUGGAUUAAAAUACAGCCGCUCCAGAUCUCACGCAUCCAGAUCCAAGUCUCGCCCUGUGACGGCUGUCGAAGGCUCGUUCUGAAUUCAAACGCAGCUUUCUGGCCCAAAUGUUGACGUGUUUUGACCUUCAAAUCAGCAAAACGCCGUUUCCAGGUUGUGCGUUUUCACGUUCACUCUGUCGCUCGUCGCCACUCAGCCAGGUCGACCCGAGCACCGGCACGAUGGAAAAACUCCCCGUUUGAAAUUCAGCGGCUCCGACACACAGGCGGGGUCAGCGGUGCGAUUUCCCCGGGGACCUCCGGAGGUGGGAUGUAUCAGAACAGCCGCCGCAUGGCGCGGCACGUAGCGCAUCGGAGCGUGAAUACGAGAUCUGGGCUGCAGGAGGAGUUCAGGAUUUCCUGUUCCCGAGGGGAAACCAGCCGUAGAUGCAGAAGUGUGGGUUCGUAUCAUAUGCCGUGCAUGUUACAUGAUCAGCGCUCAUGUUCUGUACGCCUGUGAUUGUGCAGUCAUCUGGCAGCUCUCCACCGGUCGCUCUUACCUCUCCUGUAGCCCGUCUGCACCAGUAGCCCCAGUGCUCCAUGUGAGCGGCGUUCUGGACGUUUGUUCUGUCUUCAGAAUACGUUCCGUGCAUCGUCCAUCGUCCUCGUUGUAAUUCAACAAAGGUUGCCUUCUACUUGUUUUAAUGCAGUGGUUCACAGUGAGGUGUUGUUUUCCUUCUUUUGCUGCUUCAGGCAGCAGCCGUUGCUAUUUUCUGCUGCACAGACUCCAUUGUUCUCAGCAGAAUGCAUUAUACAGUGAAAUAUGAAGAAAAGGCCUUCUUCAGACCCCCGUGACUCGUCUGGGAGGAACAGUCGCUUCACAGUGGAUAAAAGUGUGCUCAGAGUUCGAGAGAGAGAAAACAUUUGUUUUGAAUUUGUCUUAAUUUUCAUAUAUCCAUUCUGUGACGUCUGUUUCUAGCUUUAAGACUGGAAGACUUGUUCCAAAGAAAACUAAAUCCUCCCACCAGAGCGGCUGAAGUUCACUUAUUAAUAUGUAUCACGUUUGAAUUAUUGAAGCAAAACAGCAUGUAAGAAUCAGACUGCAGAGUCCUCGGUCCUGCAGACAGCUCCGGCAGAGGGACGGUUCCCUCGAAAAAAACAUCUCCCUGAAACUCUGUGCACACUUUUUUUCUGGAAUUCCUUCGACUUUUUGUUUUGAAUUUGGGUCAUUUGUUGAUCCGACUCUUAAUCGACCUCUUGUCAUUCUCUGUAGUUUGACGUUAACCAACUUUUUCUGUCAUCCAGUCAGGAAACCUAUUUGUUUGUUUUUGCAAAUGCAGAAAAGGAAGAAAAUGUCCCAAAGCAAAUCAGAGGAUUUUUACCCUUUUGGAAAAGAAAGUGUUUGAUUUAUGUGUCUGUUCGAAUGUCUGCUCAACACAAAAUGUGUGUUUCAGAUUCCCCCGCUGUCUAAAAUGCCCUCAUGAUUUUCUUUCUCACUGUGAUCACUCCAGAGAAUUACCGUCAACUUCAGAGAUCCGUUUUUUUAUUUUUGCUUACGCCACACAACACCUCUUAAGUUUUUAAUGUAGCACUGAAUUAAUCGGCUCUUUCCUGAGCAUCGUUGCCAUUUUUCUCAAAGUGCUUUCUUAUUCUCAACAAGACAAAAAAAAAAAAAAAGCUCACCGUGUUGUUAUUUCCUCCCGACUGCAUGGUUCCAUCGUCUGG